AUGAUUCUAUGUGGAGAUUUUAACAGCCACUCGCAAAGCUGGGGAUAUGACCAUAUAGACCAGAGAGGAGAGAAACUGGAGGAGUGGCAGGAUGAGAACAGAUUUGUUCUUAUUAAUAGGCCAACUGAUCCACCCACAUUCUACUCGAGGUCGUGGCACACCACUACUACCCCAGACCUAGCAUUUCACUCUCCAGAUCUGGAAUGGAACAUUAAACGAGUUGUUGGAAAUCAGCUGGGAGGCAGUGACCAUCGACCGGUCUUCCUGAAUGUAGAAAAUGAGAAGGUCAGAGAAACUAGUACGCUGCCAAGGUGGAACUACAAGAAGGCUGACUGGACAAUGUUCAAGCACCGUACCAGUAUACUGCUUGGAAAUCUCAGCUUAGACCAGGAUAUAAACAAAGUAGUUAAAGAAUUUAACAAAUGCGUACUAAAGGCAGCAGGAGAAUCAAUACCAAGAGGUGCCCGUAAGCAUUAUAAGCCAUACUGGAGUAAUGAGCUAGAAAAUUUACAUAACGAAGUAGAAACAUCUAGAAAGAUAGCAGAGACCAGGCCAAACCAAGAACAUCACAAUAACUACCAGCAUGCAAAAGCGAAAUUUGUAAGGGCAAAGCUGCAGGUUAGAAGGGAAAGCUGGCAGGAGAAAACAAGGUCGCUGAACUUUGAAAAAGACACAAGAAAGUUAUGGAAGCUUGUGAAACAAAUUAAUGAUGAAGACACAGGGUGGAACUCAAAGAUCACGCUGCAGAAAGAUGGAAACAUAGUCACAGGAAAAGAGGCAGCCAACCUAUUUGCGGACACUUUUGCUUUAGAUAACGACAUUGAAAUCAAUUCAGAGAAAAAACACAAAAUUCAAGAAAAGACACAAUUUAGAAGUCAGAAAGAAAUAACAUCAGAGGCGCUAGAGGUGCCAAUUACACUUAAUGAACUGGAGUUGGCCAUUUCAAAGCUGAAAAUGCGGAAGUCACCAGGAGCAGAUGGUAUAUCAAACGAAAUGAUCAGAAACUUAGGAAAAGUAGCCAAAACAAAGCUUUUACAGAUAUUUAAUGCUUGCUGGGCAACAGGGAAUGUUCCACAGAUCUGGAGAGAGGCAAUUAUGAUACCCCUCAUAAAGCCUGGGAAAGACAGUUCUAAUGCCUCCAACUACAGACCAAUCAGCCUCACAAGUUGUCUCUGUAAAACAAUGGAGCGCAUCACCAACCUCAGACUACAGUGGUACAUUGAAAGUGAAAACAUCAUUACACCACAGCAGGCAGGCAUUAGAAAGUUCUAUUCUACGGAAGACCAGACAACAUACCUCUCCCAAGAAAUAGAGGAUGCUUUUCAAGAUAAGAAACUG